UAUGCAGAGAUAAUUGAUUUUGAGUGUUAUUGUAGGAAAUUACUCUCUCUUUUUUUUUUUUUAUCUUUUAACAUUUUUUUCAUUGAAGCCGCAGCCAAUUUAAUACAGUAGCAGUAGCAAGCGUCCACUCAAAUUUUGAAAAUUGGGAAUCUGAGGAGGAAGAAGGAAUAGAGAAAAUGGGGGAGAAGAAGAGAUGGAUUGCGAUGUAUACGAAGCACCUCACACAGAAGCGAAAGGUCUAUCACGAUGGCUUCCUCGAUCUCCACCUCUCCAGAAAAAAGGUGUUGCUUUAUGAUGAGGCUGAGAAUCUACUCGAAAGCAGGAUGUUAAAAGCAAACGAAGUUGUGGACUCUGGUGAAAGGCUCUCCUUUCAAGCAUAUCUUGUCGAUGUUUGCGAACCUAACCCAAGUGAGCACUCGGUUCAACACCCCAAACCUCUUGCACCCCUCAGGCCUAGUUUCAAGAAACCAAACCUAGCAAAUAGUUUUGCUUCAAAGAGUCUCAGCCCAUCUCACAAAAUGAUUAGAGUUUUCAAAAAGAGACAACUCCACAAGUUUUCCGCACUAACUCCCGACUCUGUUAAACCAACUUUUGAAGGGACUUUACCUCUUGGCUCCGCUAAUAAUGGAAGCAAUGAUCACCCUCUGAUCAACUCUCCUCGUGAUGGAAAGUCUGGUGCUGAUUUAAGCCGCCGUGAGAAUGAUAAGUACAGCAAGGACGUUCCUCCACAUAAACCUUUACGUGAUGUGAAUCAAAUACUCUCCAUACUUCAGAGACCGAAUGCCACAGCCACAUGUUCUGACACUAACACGAAGACGCCAAUGUCCUCAACAAAAGUACCUCCAGAAUCUGAUACCUGCAAAAACAUUAAAGUGGAGCCUAUAUCACCGAGAGCAGCAUCUAGAGAUUCACUUCCCCAGCAGUUCAUGGUCCGAGAAACCUCACCGGCCAAGACAACUGCACGCACAAUGACUCAUCUGAACUCUUCCUCUCCGAGUUUUGACCUUGGAAUAUAAAAGACCCCAAUAUCUCAUUUUACGUAAGUUCUGUGUAACUUUUUCUUUUAUGAAAUGAACUAUACGGAAACAAAGUUAUGUAGCUUUAUGUAUAUCCGACUGAAAAAAACAGGACGAACCAGAUCUUAAUGGUUUGUCCAAAGUUCAACAACUCAGUCAGUCUGAUCAUUACUUAUA